UGGCCGUCCCUGGUGCCAACCGACUCGGUAUAUAAGUGCGUGUGUAACGGCGAUCGGGCGGACCUCCACCGGUAUUAUAAUAUUGUAUCAUUCCACUCCUGCCGAUCGCGACGAUCAUCGCACGACCACGUCUAAGUCUCUGUAUCAACAGUAAGCCAGAUCCAAAUUAACUGAAAUAAAAAUGAAAUCCAUCGCAGCCGUGGUCUGUACUCUUCUUCUAGUCUCUACAAUAAUAUCAGCUGCUCCAUCUUACAUGGACUACGAGAAUGCCAAAGAUCUGUACGAACUUUUGUUGCAAAGGGAUCUAAUAGACUCCAUGGGAAACUCUUUGAUCGAUCCCAAUCAACAUCGCAUGGUCCGCAAAAAUCAGAGGUCUCCGUCGUUGAGGUUAAGGUUCGGACGCCGAAGCGAUCCGGCGCUCUAUCAGAACGCCUUGAAUGCAGAGUACCACAACGAUUCCGAUGUGAAUUAAAUGCGCCCUUCAUCGGAAGUUAUACAUUAUACUCUUCUUAUUUAAAAUCAUUCGCUUCGUUGUAAAACCCUUAAUUUGUUUAUAUUUUACAUCCACACCAGUGCUUUUUUAACCAAAUUGUACUUUAAGUAUACAUUUUAGUGUUUACAGAUUUUUUAGCGUAGUUGAUUGUAUUCCACUUUAGUUCUAAUGUAAAUUUUACAUUCCCGAUAAAAAAAUAUAUUUGUUUAUUCCACAAAUUAACAAUACUCUUAAAUAUAUGUCAAAAUAUUCAAUAACAGUCAUAAUAUAUUUUGUUAAUAUUUCAAUAAUAACAUUAUUAAUAUGAUUCUAAUUCUAAUUAUUAUUAUUGCAGUCAAUACCUAUUCUAAACCAUAAUUUGAAAAAAUAGAUUUGAACUUAUGUGAAUUUCCGAGUAAUAUUUUUUUUCUCAGAAGCCACUACUUAUUCUACCAAAGGAUUUAAAAAUUAAUAAUAAAACUAUAUAUAAUUUAAUAUUAUAUAUAUAUGAAAUAUUGAUAAUACUAAGUACUAUAGAUACUAGGUACUAAUAGUAAAUGAAGUGGUUAUGGAAAUUUGCGUACAGUUUUUGGAAUGAAUAAUGUUUAUAAAGCGAAUAAAACAUAUUUAAACUUAUAACUAUUAAAGAAAUAUUACAUUUUAAUGAAA